AUGCCUCAUAACGAGUCAGACACCGAGAGAAGAUAUAAGCCUUGUCAAGUAUUAUCAGACCACCAGAUCCCCUACGUCAUCUGGUUCGAAGAUACUCUCCAUCAUUAUGGAGUUCCUACAGUCAAGUUCAAUCUCUAUCUCCUUGUGUCAGACCUUGACGAGGCGGCCGAAUUACUCGUUAAGGCAGGGUGGGUGAUUGAUUCGCAAGGACCACGUAAAAUUGGCAACGCGAAAGUCAAACUCCCACAAAAGCGACUUGUUUCACCAACCAGCAAGACAAUAACUGUUCUUCUCCCGGCUAAAGAGUGGAAGUUCCCUCUGAUAGCUGACUCACCUUCUGACGACACGCCGUUGACAGCGGACUCACCCGAAAAUAUGUCAUUCCCACCAUUACCAGGCUUCCUUGAUGCGCUGAUUGAAAGCUGGCUAGAUUGUCCUAGUGAUGAUGCUAUGCUGCUGCUUCACUUGGCCUGCCAAAUCUCCUAUCUUUAUGCUCAUGUGCCCGCUCUAAAACAACGAUCAUUCUCUGAACAGAUGAAAUAUGAACACCGCCAGUUCCACUUUGAUGUGCUGGCUGGAAUGGAGAUGGGCACUAUUCAAUUCAGAAAACACCAGGGUGCUAUUCGAGAUGCACUAUUACAGGGCCAGUAUGAACUACGGGAAUGUUCGGCGUCUCGUGAUAAUGAAGAUCUUUUUGAUACAGGGAGAGUGGGGAUAUCAUUAUGA